AUGACAGAAUUUGUUCGCCCACCUCGAUUUCCGCCCGUCCGGCAGGCCCGGGGGACGGUACUUAAUACUAUAAUCGAAGAUACGCGCGAGAUCCUCGGUGAAAAGGGCGCUGGUAGCCCUCCUCACACAGCCAAGCCAGCGAUCAGCCCCAAGUUGACGCUGAAGACAAACGGACUCUACGUCCCGACACAUGCUCGGCUCGCACGUUUAUUGUCGCCUCUUUCUGCGGACACGACUUCCUCAUGCUCCGAUAUGGAAUGGCAAGAACAGAUGCAGGGCUUCGACGAUCUAUACGAUGCCACAGAUGAUGAGGGUAGUAUGGACGACGAUCACUCCACGGAUAUUAGUGUCAGCGACAGUUGCUUUUCCGCGCCAGGGACCAGGCCCUCCAGCUUGGUGACACCAAUUACCCGGAAUUCCGUGACCUCAACGGGGAGUAACCGCAAACGCGCGCUGACCCUGGAUAUCCCAUCGUCGCCCUCGGCGUGGCACUCCGUGAACGCAUGCAAGUUGAACUCCCCCAUCCCUCCCACUCCUCCGCCAAAGAUUCCAGUUUCGCCCGCGGCACUCUUGAUGCUCGCUCGAUCAGUACCUGCUUCGCAUGCCCCGCCCUCGCUUGAUGGCAGUAUAUCCUCCGAUCAAGAGUCUAAUCUGAGUGCACUCGCUACUCCCGAUACCCACUCGCUCCCGGAUACAAAUUGGGAUGUGCAUGAUGUCCAUGUUCGACCUGAUCUUGAUGGAAAUGAACGUGGGGACCUGCGAAGCGAGGGCUCCAGUCCAAAUAUCGAGGAAGUUCCAAUUGCUCUUGAGAAUCCCCAUGAGGACUGGAGGAAUGUUCUCGGCCAGUUCCCUCGGAUUCCUUCAGCUUUGGAAAACGAUGCGGUAGACGAGCCAUCUCGAGAGCCAACUCCAUCGGAUGGUGGCCUCUUCCUACCCGACAGUGCCCUGGCUAUGCUUCAGCAUAUCCCUCUCAACGGCACACCCGAGGCAUGGUCAGAGACCUCAUCAAGUAACGAUGAGAUGUGGCAACUUCAAGCACCGCCUAGUCGACCACGCAGUGCUGAGGGAGCUACCCCGGCGUCGGAUUUAUCGUCGUACAGCUUCAGCGAGCUCAGUAUUCCAUCUCCGGGCGGAUUCUUUGCUUCACUUGCCCCGCGGGCCCGUCACACCUGGUCGAUUCCGAAUCACAAUCACCCACCGACGUCUGCCACUGCCGAGGGUUUCUAUAACCUGCCAUGGCGCCAAGAGCAAGGUCAAGUCGUCGAGCAGGUCAUUGAUUGGCCUGACCGUCCGGAGGAAGAAGAUCCAGACACUGCCAUCCGCGACGGUGAUCCUCUGACUGCAAUCCGGGUCCCCUGUGACACACCGACUCAGGUUCAACAAGCUCAACAUCGCGAUAGUCCAAUGAGUGCAACCUUCGAGGCAGUCCAAGAGAUUCCUCGCUCGGCAAAUGCGUAUGAGUACGAUGAGUGUUACGACAAAGACCUGCAAGACCGUGCUGCCGACAACCUUGACCGCACUAGUGUCUGGCUCGCGGCUCAAGCAACCUACAUGGCUGUCUUGAACGAGACCAACCCUGUCAAUGAGAUCGAGCCAGUCAAGACCCCAGAUGUCGAGUAUGAAGAAGUGCUUCGCGAUGCCGAUGCCGGCCCCAAGAAAGCAGUUCGCUUCGUCGAAGGUAUACCAGAAGCCAUCAGCCCCCGUCCACCCAUCCUAUCUAGCAAAGAUUCGAUCUACUGGCGAGGGUUCCAGUCAAUUCGGCAACGAGCAGACAAGAUGGAUGGCUUCCUCCAUCGCAAUAUGCGCUUUGAUGCCAUUCAAUCAUUCCGCCUGGGAUUGAUUGAUAUGCACAUAAAUUGUCUGACAGGCAAAUAUGAGCUCGUCCGCGCCGAGCGACCAGCAUACAAGGGCCCGUUCUCAAAGGCUCCCCGGAACUCGAUCAUCACCACAGUCCUCGCCGAGAAAGCUCAAUUCUCCAAGCUUGAGAAGGAGCAGCUCGUCCUGGCCCAGCUCUGUCAACCUAUGUGGGCGAUGGAUGCCAUGCGCUCUCUCAAUGGCGGGAAGCUCCUCACCAGCCCAGCAGCCAAACAAGUCAAUCGAAGCCGUCGGUCAUCCAAGACCCCCGAUGGACAGAAACGAGCAAUCCGCAUCCUAGACCUCGGUGGCCACUCCUCUUGCGAGUGGGCCUGGCAUGCUGCACAUGAAUUCCCCCAUGCAAAAGUAUACUCAGCCGUCACAGAGAACCAAGUCGUGAACACCGGCAUCAAAGGCCCCCGCAACCACCGCACUGUCUCGGUGUCUAAGCUUUGGGAACUCCCCUUCAAGAACAGCCAAUUUGAUGUCAUCAGCACGCGCUCCCUGCACGCUCUCCUGAAAACCGAGUGUCCAACCGGUCUCGACAGAGACGAAUACGAUUUGGUCUUGAAGGAGUGCCGUCGAUGCCUCAAGCCCGGCGGAUAUCUGGAAUUCAUGCUCUUGGACGCAGAGAUCUCGCAUCCGGGUCCGCUGGCCGCGGCGUCUUCGGUCGAGUUUGCCUUCAACCUCCGCACUCGCGGCUACGACCCUGCCGCGUCGAAGAACUUUCUUUCCCGACUGCGCGGCACGGGGUUCGUCGACAUCAAGCGUGCAUGGAUGUAUCUCCCCAUGGGCAUGGAGCCCAGCGAGCCGCAGAUUCCGCGCGAAGCUCCUGCUCCGCGUGUGCUGAGUCAGAUCGAGGAGUAUGAAGCUGUUCAGGGUCCGGUUGGUAGUACGGGCGAUAUUGCGAGUAUUACUGGUGUUUUGGGUGGGUGGAUGUGGGAGCAGUGGCUUGUUCAGCUGCGGAUGGAGAUGGGUCGGGAUCGGGCUAAGUUGUUGGAGGGGAUUGGGGCUAUGUUCGAUGAAGGGAGGAAGAAUGGUGCAGGCUGGACCUGCUUGUCUGGAUGGGCUAUGAAGCCGAAGAGGAAGCGCGUUUCUCACCACUAG